AUGGGAAGCGACUCAUCUUCUGGGGAGGGAGAGGAAACGUAUGUUGUGGAGAAAAUUUUGAACCACAGAAAAAUCCGAGGAAAGAAGGAAUAUCUUAUCAAGUGGCAAGGAUACGAUGAUCCUGCCGACAACACCUGGGAGCCAGUUGAAAACUGCGUAAGUCUUCUUGAUUUUCUGUUGUUCAGCUUUUAGAUAAAGGAAAGGAUUCUGGGCAUGAUGAGUAUAAUUGAUUUUUGUAGGACUGUCCUGAACUCAUUGAGGCCUACGAAAGCGCCCAAGCCGAACUGAGUGAGAAGAAGAAAAAGACUCCCAAAUCAGCACAGCGGGAGAAUAAACACCGAGAGAAAUCGGAGACUCCAGCUAGCACUACAAGUGUGAGUUGUUAUGUUAUUGCAUAUGAAAACUUAAUUUGGUGAUUCUUAAUCAGUUUUUGUGUUUUUAGAGGAAGAACAAAUCCCGCGAAAUCAUCAAUGACACUGAUUCCGAUGAUAGCGAGGUUGUUGUGCACAAAGAAUCUCCAAAGAAGAGGGCCAGCAAGGAGAAGGAAAGCGAACGCAAGAAGUCAAAAGAACGGACCGCGUCUCCCAAGAAGGUAAGACGCUGUUGUUUGAGGCGUAUUCUAGCUUCGGAAAACGUUUGUUAUCAAGAAUAGGCAAGUAAUGACAACUUUCGAAAUUAUCCAUGAGGAUGGAUAUUGUUUUUAAAAUUUUUGAUAUGCAACUCGGUUUUUUGUCUUCAUUUGAUAAUAUCGCGUUAGAUCAACUACUUACAUUUCAGAGCAGCCCCAAGAAACGUAUAGUGGAGAGUGAGGAAGAUGAAGAUGCCCCUCGAAGAAGAGCCAAGUCUCAUUCCCAAGGUUCAGAUUCGAAUCCAAGAGCCAGCUCCACCCGUGAAAUCACCCCAGUCUCGAAUGCGGCCGCCAAGAAUCCAAACGGGCGUUUGCCCAGCUUGAUGAGCGAGUUCGCCUUUGUCCACAAGGACAGGUAUCGUGUGCAAGAUGAAAGCGCAAAUGUUGUCGGAGUUUUUGGGGUUCAUCAAGACGGCGAAAACAAGAACAACUUGUGGAUCCUCUUGGCGUUCAAAGCCGGCCCUUUCAUCGAGCUGGAUGAUGUGGAGCCAACUCCAUAUGAAGUUUGCAGAGAAGUUUGUCCAGGGGUAAGUACUUUAUUUUGUUUUGGUUUAAAUUUUAGGUCGUUUCAUCUCAAUUUUACCUCAAGAUUAUUCAUAAGACGCUAGAAAGGCGUAGUAAUCAAAGUUUUUUUGGUUUCAGCUGCUCCUCGACUACUGGAGAGACCGUCUCGCAUUCAUCUCAUGCCCAGAUCGUGCUGCUUAA